UCUUCAGUCUUCAACGACUCGCUAUGAGGUUAGCAUUGCCGCGAUCGCUCUCUUGAAACAUGUGAGGAUGAACUGUUUUCAUUAAUUAAUUAACAAAUUCGCGCGAAAAAUAAAUAUUUGUGUGGAAUUCAACGUCAUUUCAGGAGCAGCACGAGCGCCAUCGGGCCAUGAAGAGCUAAUCACCCUUCGGAACAACCGCCAAGUGAAGUGUUAAAAUGUCGACGAAGAUGGAAGCCGUGAAAUCGGAAGACAAUAACGAUCUAAUUUUGGCCAAAGCGGUGGCAAUGUGCGUCCUCGGCCUCGCGUCUUUCCUCAUAGGAAUUCUCCCGGUGAAACUCACCAAACUCAUCAACAUCAAGGCGGUGGACGGUGACAAAAACUUGCUGAUCUCUUUGUUGUUGUGCUUCGGGGGUGGCGUGCUGUUAUUCACAACUUUUAUUCACUUGCAACCGGAAGUGCGGGAGAGUUUCGUGCGUCUGGAGUCGCACAACAAAAUCCCCAGCAUUGGUAGCGGAAUUCCCAUGUCGGAGCUCGUCUUCUGCCUCGGUUUCUUCUUCGUGUACCUCAUCGAGGAACUAGUUCAUCUCUUCCUCCAUAGGAAACUCAACGACGACGCUUUGCACCGCUCGCUGUCUAUCAGGUGCAGCAACAAGAAGCGCAAUUUGACCAUCCCGAGGGUCACUCUGAACAAGUUCGAUGACGGCAAUAUUAGCUACAUCAGCAAUUCGAAUAAAGAGCUCCUAAACUCGCAAUCCACCAUCAACUUCGAAAGCCACUCGCAUUCGCAUUCGCACAUCGACGGGGCCUUGAAGAACUCCUUCAGCGGGCUGCUGGCGGUCUUGGCUUUGAGCUUCCAUGCAGUUUUCGAGGGCCUUGCGGUGGGGCUCGAAGGCAGCGUCCAGAAGGUUUGGUACUUGUUCGCGGCCAUAGCCACGCAUAAGUUGGUCAUUGCAUUCUGCGUGGGAGUCGAACUGGUGACCUCGAAAACUAAACUGCUGCUAGUCGUCUUGUACAUCGGGACAUUCGCCAUUGUCACUCCUUUAGGCAUCGGGAUUGGGCUGGUUUUGAGCGAGUCAGGGAACAGCAGCGAGGACAUCACAUCAGUUGUGUUGCAAGGAAUGGCAGCAGGGACUCUCCUCUACGUGGUCUUCUUUGAGGUCCUUGCCAGGGAGCGGGGCAACAACCACAGCGGAAUUUGGCAACUUUUGGCCAUUUUGCUUGGAUUUGCCGUCAUGUUCUGCUUGCAGAUUUUAACUGGGCACGAGCAUAGCCACGGCGACGCCCAUUCGCAUGGCCACGUGCAUCACGAACAUCAUGUGGAAGUUACCACUCAACAUCAUCACCAUCACGAGCAUCCCCAUUUGAUUUAGUUUUUUUAAUUUAUUUUUUUACUUUUUUAAUAAUUGGCAAAUGAUUUUGUUUGUUAAGCGUACCUGAAAAUUACGGAUGUAAAAACCUUGGCAUUAUUUCUGUAAAUAGUGUUAAUGCCAUUAUGAUGUAAAUAAUUUAAAUGACAACCAAUCACAUUCUAAUAAUUAGGUGCCAACAAAAGCAUGCAGUACUUAUACUCAUCUUUACACAUUAUAAUAACUGACAAAACAUUCCCGAUGUUUUCUCACAUUACAUAAGGAAUAGAAUCGACCAGUUCUUGUAUGUAAAUAUUGUAAAAUUAGUAAUAAAUUUGUAUAAAAACA